AUGCGCAUAAACACCCUCCUCGCCAUCCUCGGCACAACAGCCCUCGCCGCCGCAGACGCACCAGCCGUAACACCCUUCCUCACACAACCAGGAUCCCAACCAACAACCCUCGUCCCACAACCAUCCUCCUCCUCCGCCGCCCCAGCAGUCCCCUUACCACCAGCAUCCUCCGCAGCAUCUCCCCUCUCUUCCUCGCCGCCAUCCCCACCGUCAUCAAACUCCUCCGCCUCCGCAGGCGCAGCAACCCUCUCAACAACCACGACAUCCCGCCCCGGCGGAACCCGCACAAUCUCCCUCGCCCCCGUAAAGACAAACAUCUACCAAGAGUGCGGCGGCCUCAGACCCACGCCCAACCCGUGCCCCGCCAGCUUCGAGUGCAUUGACGACCCCUUCCGCAAGGGCUGCGGCCUGGCGUGCGAUCAGACCGGCAUCUGCGUCGUGCCCAUCAUGUGCGGCGGCAUCGCGGCCAUCAAGUGCCCCGCUGGCAAGUGGUGCGUUGAUGAUCCAAGAGAUGACUGUCACCCGCUUCAGGGGGGUGCCGAUUGUGCUGGGCUUUGCGUUUGA